AUGGCCGACAACGGAACACCAGGCGACAUCCCCGCCCCCGUCGAGCACCUCAACAUCAAAGUCACCGACAACAACAACGAGGUCUUCUUCAAGAUCAAGCGGACAACGCAGCUGAAGAAGUUGAUGGACGCCUUCUGCGAGCGCCAGGGCAAGCAGCUCUCUACCGUCCGUUUCCUCUUCGACGGCACCCGUGUGCGCCCCGAAGACACCCCCGACACUCUCGACAUGUCCGACGGCGAUACCCUGGAGGUUCAUCAGGAGCAGAUUGGCGGCUAG